AUGUAAGAAAAAUAAAAACCAAAAUUAUUCCUCGAAAAAUUAUUCGAUUUAUUAGAAGUAUAUUCAAUUGUAACUAGUCUGGUGAAGCAUAUAACAUUAUUCAAUGGACUGUCGAUAAAGAUGCUAUCAAAAUUAUUAAUCGAUCUUAAUUGAUUCGUGAUAUCCUACCUAACAUUUUCAAAUAGACAUCUUAUAAGAGUUUCACUAAAUAGAUGAACCUUUAUAAUUUUAAAAGUACAAAAGAUGAAAAUGGGUUUACCAUUUUUAUUAAUCCUCAUUUUACUCAAAGUUCCUUGAAUCUUACAUAAAUCAUGGCAGAGAAAAGAACCAUUAAAAAGUCAAAAAAGGAAGAUACUAAAAAGAGAAGUGAAUUGUAAUAAGAACAUGAAUAACUUAAAUAAAAAUUAAUGGCAUUAUUCAAAUAUUAAGUAACACUUUAAAAUGAAAUCAAAACAUAAUUGGAAAUACAUAAACAUCUUUAGAUGAGAGUGGGCAUAAUUAAAAAAUGUAUUUAUAAUCGUAAAGAGAAUGGAUUAAAGAGAAGAAGAAAAGUUUACAAUUUUUUGAAUUCUUUUUUUACAAAUCUCUAAUCUUCAGUUAUAUGUAUUCAUUUAACAUUUACAGAAAAUUAGGUCAAAAAUUUCUUAUUUUGAAUCAUGAUCUAAUUUGUUAAUGUGAU